AUUCUUCGACUUGCAAAAAGAUGUGGCAGCAAUGGAGGCUACGAAAGACAUUCGUAAACAGCAAUUUGAUCUUCAGAUUCAAAAGGAGAUAGCCACAACACGUCUGAUAGAGCAAGAAAAGGAACUUCAGAUUCAAAAAGAGAUAGCGGAGAAAAAAGCCAGGGCGCUAGUUUGUCUUCAAGCUGAAGAGGCCGAAAAUCCUUUCAGUAUUGAUGUGGAUCUAAUCAGAGGUGCAAAUAAUUAUUUCAAUUCUAAUAAUAAUUGUUUUAAUGCAAAUUCAAAAUCUCCUAUUUUAAAUGAGGCCCCAGCGUGCAUGGUUAUUGAUCCUCAAAUUGAGCUAAAUAAUUCAGAUAUUUCUAAUCAUGAUCAAGUUUUAUCCACUGUUGUUGAUAUUCCCUGCCAAGCAUCGAGCUAUAGUCCUGUAAUCAAUCCCCGACAAUCCAUUGCUAAUGUUAGUGCUUCCCAAGAUGCCAUUUCCACUGGUGUUGUAAAUGUUGGUAGCUUUUCUUUGCCACCCCCUAAUGUGAAUUCAUGUCCAUCAGUGCCUACUGUUUCUAAUGUAUCACAAAAUGUUUUAAAUGUAUCUAGUUUUGCUAGUGCUCCCUUUAACUGUUGUACACAAACUACCACUGUGUCUGCCAAUUCAGGCAGCUUACCAACUCAUUGUAAUGAUAAUAAUAUCUCUGUUCCCACUGUGAAUAGUGCUGCUCUUCCUCCACAGACCUGCAAUCUUUCCCAUGACAUGACCAAUUUAAUGAGUAAUAUUUUAUCAGUCCAAAGGGCUCCUGUAGCCAAAGUUAGGGUGUUUGAUGGGGAUCCAUUGCAAUAUCCACAAUGGGAGAGCUCAUUUAAAAAGCUAGUCGAGCAAAGGUUGCUUGAUGACGCAGAUAAAAUGAAUCUGCUUGAACGUCACUUGACAGGUGAACCCAAAAGUAUGGUUGAAGGUUUGUUUUUAUUACAAUCCGAGAAUUCUUAUGAAAGAGCUAAAAAGGCCUUAAAAGAUCGCUAUGGUGAUGACAGUGUCAUUAGUGUAGCCUUUAGAACAAAACUGGCAUCAUGGCCUAAAAUUGGUCCAAAUGAUAUAAAAGGCAUGUUGGCAUUUUCUGAUUUCCUUCAGCAAAUUGUUGAGGUUAAAAAGGUUGUAGAGGAUUUAAAAAUUCUCGAUUUUCCCUCAGAGCUAUGUGCGUUAAUCAAAAGAGUUUUGCCCUCUUCAUUGUUUAACAGGUGGAAAGAGUCAGUUUAUGAAUGGAAGUGUAAGUUUAAUGUAAACACCUCUGAUAACUUGAAGGUAAACUGCCCCAAAUAUCCUCCAUUCGAGGAGUUUGCAAAAUUUAUUUUAAAGCGUGCCUCAGUGAUGCAUUGUCCUGAGAUGACAGUUUUUGAUGAGAAUCUCAACCCGUCCAAGUAUAAUACUGAGCAAAAUAGUAAGUCUAAUCAUUCGAGAUAUGGUCAUCGAAUGAAUAAAAAUUCCUUUAGCACUAAUGUUUCACGAGAUAGUUGCUUGCAUUGUAAUGGGCCUCACAAAAUUGGUGAUUGUCAAACAUUCUUACGAAUUUCUUUGGUAAAAAGAAGGAAACUGUUCUGGGAUAAUUUUUUAUGUUAUUCUUGUGGAGUCAAAAUGUCCAAGGGUCAUAGUGCAAAGUCAUGCAAAAACGUGGCUUCUUGCAGAAAGUGCAAUAAGGGCCAUUUGACAUGUUUUCAUGUUGACAAUAAGCCAGAACAGACUGAAAGUAACCAAUCUUUCUGUUCUGAAGUAUGCUCAAUAGUUGACCAACAUGAUGGUGUAGACCAAUCCAUGAUUAUCCCAGUAUGGGUCAAAGGUAACACUUCAAAAGAAGUGUUAUGUUACUGUCUGCUUGAUGGCCAGUCUAAUACAAGUUUUAUCACAGGUGAGUUGCAACAGAAACUGUGGUUACAGGGUGUUGACACCCAGAUAUCAUUAUCCACUAUGUCCAGCUGCAAUGACUUAAUUCGUUGCAAGGUUUUUAAAAAUAUUCAAGUCUCUAGUUAUGAUCAUAAAGAUAUUAUAUCUGUUCCCAGAGCAUAUACCCGAGAUGAGAUCCCUGUCAAGAGAUCUCAAAUUCCCAAAUCUGAAGUCUGCAAAAAGUGGAAACAUCUAGCUGAUGUAGCCAAGCACUUAAUGCCAUACAUGCCAGAUCUCCCUGUUUCUAUGCUUAUAGGCAGCAAUGCACCAAAUGCUAUCAGACCUCGAGAUAUAAUAGCCGGUCUAGAAACUGAGCCAUAUGCUCAAAGAUCCAUACUUGGAUGGGGUGUUGUUGGGAAAGUUUGCCAUGGUGAUAAUGAUUGCUAUGUAAGUCAUAGGAUGCUAGCAUGUGGUGCUACUUCCAAAGUCGACCCCGUGGAGAAGUUUGUCUUCUCCACUAAAGUAAAAGAAGUGUUACUUCCCAAUCAGGUGUGUUCGAUGUUUAAUGCUGAUUUUGUUGAGCACUGUGGCAAUCAACAAAAUAUAUCAGCAGAAGACCACAGGUUUCUAAAAAUUCUCUCAGAUGGCAUCACUAAAAAGGAUGGCCAUUACAAACUUCCAUUACCUUUACGAUCCCAACAAAUCAACCUUCCAAAUAAUUUGCCUCUUGCUCAAAAAAGACUUGGGCAGCUGAAGAAGCGUAUGCUUCGAGAUCAGAAGUACAAAAAUGAUUAUUAUAAAUUUAUGUCGGACAUCAUUGAGAAUUAUGCUGAACGGGUGCCUGAUGAUGAAGUAAGUUUGAGCAAUGGUAGUGUGAAUUAUGUUCCUCAUUUGGGUGUGUAUCAUCCAAAGAAACCUGAUAAAAUUCGUGUUGUGUUUGACUGUUCUGCAAAAUAUGGUGGUGUGUGUUUGAAUGAUUAUUUGCUUCCUGGGCCUGACCAGAUGAACAGUCUUUUGGGUAUUUUGCUCAGAUUUCGUAUGGAGAGAGUGGCUGUGAAGUGUGAUAUUAAAGCAUUUUUUCAUCAAUUUUUAGUUGAUGAACCGCACCGUGAUCUGUUACGUUUUUUAUGGUGGGAUAAUAGUGAUAUGACUGGUAACUUAUGCCAUUACAAGUUGAAAAUUCACCUAUUUGGUGCAAUUUCAUCACCUGGCUGUGCAAGUUUCGGGUUAAAGCAUGCUGCAGAUGAUGGUGAGUCUUCCUUUGGUAAGGAAGCAGCAGACUUCAUUCGUAAUGAAUUUUACGUUGAUGAUGGUCUGACUUCAAAGCCAAAUGCAGAGGAUGCUAUUGAGUUGAUAAAAAAUAGCACAAAUUUGUGUUCGAGUGCUGGUUUAAAUCUCUGUAAGAUAAUGUCUAAUAGUCGGGAGGUUCUUGAAAGCGUUCCUCAAUUGUCUGUGUCUCCUAGUGUGCAGUGUUUGGAUCCAAAAUCUGAUCCCUUACCUGUUGAAAGAGCUCUGGGUGUGGACUGGUUAGUGGAGAGUGAUUGCUUGUGUUUUCGUAUUGACUCGAAGGUUACUCCUGUUACAAGGAGGGGAAUUCUUUCCGCAGUCAGUAGUGUGUAUGAUCCCAUAGGUCUGGUAGCACCAGUCAUUCUCGAGGGUAAGAAAAUCCUCCAAGCCUUGUGCAAGGAUUGUUAUGACUGGGACGAACCCAUUCCUGAGAUUUUCAGGGUGAAAUGGGAAAAAUGGCAAAAGGAUCUUUGUCAUUUGGUGAAUUUGAGAGUAGAUCGUUGCUAUAAGCCGGUAAAUUUUGGUAAUGUCAAGCAUGUGGAACUUCAUCACUUUUCUGAUGCCUCUGAAAGUGGUUAUGGCCAGUGUACAUACUUACGUCUGGUUAAUGAUUGUGGCAAAGCACAUUGUGCCCUUGUAAUUGCUAAAAUUGAAAAAUACCACAGAGUUUUUCUGGGUCGAUAGUAUGGUGGUACUGGGGUAUAUACAAAAUGAGAGCAAACGUUUCAAUGUUUUUGUGGCUAAUAGGGUGCAAACUAUCCAUAAUUUUUCUAGUCCAUCAUCCUGGCAUCAUGUGAAGGAAAAUUUGUUCCUCCAUUAGUAAAGCCUGAACAGAAUGAUGAAGUAAUUUUAGAAGUGCAGAAGGAGAUGAAGGGAUGCUCUGUGCAUCGAACCAUCGCCUUCAAAGCUGACUGUUCUGGCAAAGAUUUUGAUAUCUCUAGACUUAAUAUUUUCUCAUCCUGGUUUAAAGCAAAACGUGCAGUUGCAAACUGUAUUAAGUACAAGGAUUUGCUCAAGAAUCCUAAAUCUGCCUUUCAGAAAGUUACUUCUGAUGACUUGUGCCAGGCGGAAAAUUUAAUUAUAUUUUCCCUUCAGCGUUCAUAUUUUAGUAAAGAUCUAAGUGUACUAAAGAUGAUUGCUCAGAUCAAGUCUCAUUUAAA